AGUUUUUUUUUCCUAUCAAAUUCAAAACAGCUGAUAUAUAACCUAUAAAAGAAAAUGUUAAUAGUGAAUAGGUAUCGUAACUAAUAGAUUUUAAUGUUACAAAUUAUAAUAGCAUAACUAUGGAGAGAAUUAUCAAAAUUGGAAAAACGUUAAGAAACAAUUGGAAAAAAUCCGUAUUCGGCGCUAUCGUUGUUUAUUAUGGUGCCUCAACGCUAAAAGAAAGAUAUCAAAUUAAUAUCUUAAUGCAAGCAGCAUGUAAAGAAGCUGCUAAAUAUGGUGAUGCCUUAAUACCGAUGGACAGAAAUCCAACUUUGGUUACGGUUAUACUUAAUCCAGUGGCGAAUAAACGUAAAGCGAAGAAAGAUUAUGAAAAAUACUGUGAGCCUUUAUUACUAUUAGCUGGAUUACAGGUUGAUGUUAUACAAACAACAUCAGAAGGUAAUGCAAAGGAAGUAGUUGAAACCCUGCGUGGAACAGAAGCUAUUAUAGUUGCAGGUGGAGACGGAACUCUAUCUGAGACAGUGACAGGUUUACUACGGAGAAAUGAUGAGGCGAAUAGAUUCCCAUUAGGUAUUUUACCACUUGGUCGCACAAAUAGUCUUGGUAAUAUUCUAUUUCCGGGCGGAGAAGGAGUUGAGAAAGUAAAACAGCUCAUACAAGCUUGUAUGGCAAUAAUAGAAAGCAAUACGACAUGGAAAGACGUAAUGAAGAUUGAACCUAUAGAUACUGGAGAUGAAACACCUAACAAACCGGUCUAUGCCCUCACAUCGAUAGAAUGGGGAGCUUUUCGGGAUACAAUUUCAAAGAAAGAUAAAUACUGGAUAUAUGGACCGCUUCGAGGAUAUGCUUCAUAUAUUUUCAAUGGAUACAAAAAUACCUUAUGCUGGGAAUGCAGUGGAUCAUUGAAGUAUUCACCACCAUGCCACGGAUGCGAAAAUUGCGUCACGAAAAAGGCAGAAAUAAAAAGGAAAUGGGCGUUUUUUAUACCUAAUACUCAAGCGGCACCUCAGCUAGAGCCUAAGAAUGUUAUAAAUCCGGAAUGUGCUGUGAUUAAUGAAUUGUGCUUUAAAUCAACUGAUUUUAAGAUCCAGCCACAAAUUAACGACGGCUUGUCCGCUUUGAGUGUAGGGUUAGGAAAGAAUAAAUACACUUAUACGGAAUUCGUUUCUGAAGGUUGGAGACGUUUGAGCGGCGAAAGUGACACACCAGAGGUUAUUAAAGCUAGAACUAUUGAAUUACGGCCGCUUGAAAAUAAAACCGACGUUGUCAUUGCUAUUGACCAGGAAGAAUUCGACGUGAAACCAGUCAAAAUUACUUUGUUACCAAAGAUGGUUAAAUUCUUCUGUAAACCUGAAUAAAAUGUUAAAUA